AUGACCGAGGCUCCAAAGUACAGUCUGGACAGCCAACCUACAUGGUUGCCUGCAGGGUGGGAUAUGGAGAAAGCCAUGGAUAUGACGCCUGAUGAAUGGGAUAAUCUUAGCAAGAGUCAACAAGAUGUCCUCCGUGCCGGGUUUGAGGCGCAUUGCGGAACAGAAUUCCAAUUUGAAGUGUUCAAGGACAUGUCUGAACGAUCGCAAAUUAAGGCUGAUACGUAUGUCUCGCAGGCACCUAUCACACGACCAAACUUCAUGCAAACUUUGGAACGAUACUAUGCCUCUGGAGAUUGGGGCUUUGUGUUUUACCGCACUACAUAUGCGCAAGAUGAGGAGCAAUGGUCACUUGUUCAAACAAAAAUGAGCAAGAUGAUUGAACGAAACUUUGACUAUAACAGCGUGGUCGACGGCGUCAACGAAGCGAGGCAGAGGUGGAAACUCCAUUGGAUCGAGAACCCCCAGAAAUUCGACGGGAUGGCACCGCAUGAUGUGGCCACCCAUUACCGGAGUGUCGUAAAGACACUACCGCGAAAUUAUCAGCACUCCAUAUGCUUUGUAGUUGACGAAGCAUCGGCACGCUCAAUUUUGCUUGCAGACGCAAGUCGAACGGAGAUACGACCCCUCCUCGGUGACAUUGUACCAUUCGUCAUUGCCAUUGACCGGUUCCUCGGCUGGGAGAACCCUGAUGCCGAAAAGUACGAAGAUGAAGAAGACCUAGGAAAUUGGCGUGGUCCAUUCCGCGCUCAUCCCGGGUCGAUCGUUGAAGAUAUCUUUGACAUUGUGGGAUCGCAGUUGAUGGAGACGCACGAGUUUGCAUACAGCGUUCGAGGGACGAAUAACGUGUGGUGGAAUUCGUGCGCUGGUGUCUGGACGGUUGAUGGUGAAGGACGGUAUGCGGAACGGCUAUUUGAGAGUGCAGCCUUGCUGAGGGCCGAAUAUAGGCAGAAGAAAAGGAGGGAAGAAUCCUCAUAG